AUGAGUGAUGGAAGAGACGAAGUGAUAGCGCUGCUGCAAGAGCUUAAAGCGACUGCGAUUCCGAAGUUUGUCGACAGCGGAGAGGCACUCACAUACAUGGCUUACAGGGAUGGGGUUCUUGAAAAAGCAAUCGCUCUUCUGAACUCAGAGCAUAUUGAGUCCGAAUCAAAUAGAAUUCAGCCGCUGCGUGUCAACAGCGAACAACUUGCUAACGCUGUUAUCGAGCGUAUAUUUGAUGAGCAUACACGAGUGCUACGGUCGAAACUCACCGAAGCUGAAAAGAUGGCGGACAUCUGGAAGAAGGUUGCUCUUUGCGGAGGCGCUGAGGAGGGAAAGUUGGCGCAACACAACGCUCUUGCACAAUCGGCCUUGUGCGUUCCAGCGCGAGUCUCAGUCGGCUCGCAAGUCUGCAGUACAGAUGAAGAUGCAGCUGCAUCUGAGAGCAACACGAACGUGCAGCAGUGCGAGUUCGUCUUUGAGGCAGUAACGGAAUGGCUGACAGGCUGGACUACGAAAAUGCUGAGUACUGUAGGCGAGAAACUAGAACUGUGGUGCUCCUCGCAAUUUGGCCUCACUCCCGUGAGGAUAAGCAAGCACGCGCGUGAAGUGAGUCGUCCUAGCCUCGAUGACAGCCUGAUGGUGUUGAACAGUCAAAACUCAGCGAGCCAUGCACCUCGCAAGAUCGAUAAUGCAAGGUUGAGCAGCGGAAAGAUUUCACGCGCGGGAAAGAGCAAAAUAAGCGAACGAACGACAUCGUCAUCUCUUGCUCCUUCACCUGGUGAAAAUCCUGCGCACCCCUUGAUCCUUUCUCCUUUGGAUGCAGCCGCCUCCUGUGUGCCAACGCCGAGUCACGGUAAAGUAGGUACGCAUUCCCCUCAGUAUGCUCAACCUGAAUCACAGCUGUACGUUAUGCAGACAAUGAGUUUAAAAGCGCGUACGAAGCAACUCAGCGGCAAGCAGCGUGCCGCCAUCUCGAGCAUCCCAGUAGGUCGAAUGUCCCAUCUACCACAUAUAUGA